AUGGCACCUAGCAUUCUCGUUAUAGGUGCAAAUCGAGGGAUUGGAUUAAAUCUACUCAAGGCAUUUGCCGAACGUGGAUGGGAUGUUUCUGCCACCGGCGCUAAAAUCAUUGAUCUCGACUAUCUGAGCGAGAGUAGCAUUGCAGCUGCAGCCAAGACAUACGGCGAGGGAAAGCCCCUGGAUGUUCUGAUUAACUGCGCCGGCAUUGGCGUGGACCCGGCUUCUUGGGAAGAGACAACUGCCGAACAUAUGAUGAACAAAUUUCGCGUGAUGACAGUUGGCCCAUUUCUGGCUACAAAAUACUUCCUCUCCAGCCUCAAAAAUAGCGAAGCUGGCAAAAUUAUCAACAUCACGUCCUUUUGGGCAUCUCUGGGUGAGAAUGACUUUGGAGAGUAUGUCAGCUAUCGAGCCGCCAAAGCAGCGCUGAACAUGGAAACCGUCACGAUCGCCCAUGAGAUGAAAGCUAAAAAUCUCAACAUCACCAUGCUUGCACUCGACCCAGGUGAUAUUCCGACGAAGCUCAGUAGGUGGUCGGGGAAUACCAAUAUGGAACAGUCAGUCAAAGGGAUGGUUAAGAUCAUAGAGGAGGCUACUGUUGAUAUUUCCGGAAGCUUCCUAAGAUGGAAUGGGGAAAAACUCCAGUUCUGA